AUGGGCCGGCGUCGUCGAGCUAGCGUAUAUGACGAUGGUUUCGCGAUGUAUCGAGCGUGCAAUCCUCGUUGUAUUGUGUCACGACCUCGUCGUGGCUGGAGUGCAAAAACCAUUAGUAUUGCUGCAAAGAACAAUGAUACGCAACUGGGUAUCCAGCACUUGGCCUACCCGACUGGUUCCAGCAUCUCCCACUUUAACCAUACAAGGUUUAGGGCCCAGUGGUCAGCCUUGGUGAGAUGUAAACAGAAAGCGGCUCUAGGUUCCGCAAGCAAGGGCGACUUUGAGAAGAUCUUCAUCAUCGGGGAUUCUUUCGUGGACACAGGCAACCGCGACCCCAACAACAGCACCUACACGCCCAUAGGCAGAGUGAAUCAAGACCGGGAGCCACCGUAUGGACGAACUCGACCGGGAGACUCAGAUGGGCGAUUCUCCGACGGCAAAGUGCUCUCUGAUUUUCUUGCUGACUUCAUGGGUCUCAAACCCCCUCCCUACCGCUUACUCAACGGGUCAGCCAAUUCGACCCGACUUGAAGAUGGCAUCAAUUUUGCAGUUGCAGGAUGUGGGGUCUUCGACAACUUAGGAUUUACAAAAACUGGAGAUCAAAUUCGCCAGCUCACUGACAUGCUGAACACAGAUCUUUAUUCUAAAGAUGUUAUAUUCAGCGAGGCUCUUAUCAUGUACGCCAGCUCCGGCAAUGACUACGCAGCAUAUCGGCUCAACAACGGUUCUACCGACAUCCUCUCAAUCAUAGAAUUCGUCAGGGAUGUAGUCACCCAGCUAACGAAAGACUUGACUACUCUCUACAACCUGGGAUUUCGGACAUUUGCAAUUAGUAAGCUGGCUCCAGUCGGGUGCCUGCCAUAUUCUGCGGUGGCUAAGAAUUAUUCUGUCUGCGACGAGGCGUACAACGCCAUGGCAACCUUGCGUAACUUGAAUCUGAUGUGGCUGGUGGCUGCAUUCCCCAGUGCCAAAAUUAUAUUUCUCGACAAUCAACUCCCGUUUGCCACAGUCGCCUACAACCUCUCUAAUCGAUGUGAGUCAGUCUCGUCCUCUUCCCUGGGUAGGUCUCGUCUUCCGGUUAGAGUGGUCCUUGCCAAGGUCGUGUGAUUUUUGCACUAGUGUAGUCCAUUGAUAAAAAGAACUACAGAGAUUUCUUUAUAGGAUAUAACGUAUGGUUGAGAGCCCAUGAUUACAAACAAUCCAUCGGUUAUCUUUGAAAUUCAUAUCAUGG